GACGACGCUAUUAAGCUGACGACUCUGUCACGAAUGGAUUCUGCUUCAAUUAGUCAUUUGGUGGAGCUUUGAUUGGGAAAAGUGUUCGGGUUAAUCCUCUCGAAUGGAUUUUCGAAUUGUACUUAUCUGACGUAGCCUGGGUGUUUUAGUAGCGCGACAUUCAUUUUUUUCUAUAUUAAGUUCAGGAUACCAGUACUCGCCAAGAUGAUGACCAAGGAAUCCGUUAACCGGAUGUUGCAGAUCAUGUUCGUCGGAUACGGAAACGCCACUCCAACACCACCUAGCGCUCGGCCUCAGAACUACUCCCAAUUCCGUCCGCCAACCAAGAUGGUUGCCAACUUCAGUAUGUCGGAGUUUUACAGGAUUGUAAUGGAAGAGGUUGGCGGUAAAGAGUGGUUCCCCAUCGAGACUGAAAUGCCUCUGAUCCUAAUCUACGCAAUGCUUAUCACUUUAGGAAUAACUGCGAAUACUUUAAUAUUUUCAAUCAUUGCCCGGAAUUCUCGUUUGCGGACGGCCAGAAAUGUGUACAUUCUCAACCUGGCGCUUUCGGACAUGUUUAUGUGCUUGAUAUGUAUGCCUUUCACUCUGUACAAACUCUUACGAAAGAAUUGGAUGCUGGGGGAUUCGCUUUGUAAGAUGGUUCCUGGAUUCCAGGCGGUGAAUGUUAUGACGUCGACGUUUACAGCGGUUGGUAUAGCCAUGGAUCGUUAUUACGCGAUAGUCUACCCCACCAGGUUCACGUGUAACGAUAGACUCAGUGGCUCCAUCUCGGUCUGUUUGUUCUUGUGGAUUUUCUCCACGUUCAUUUCUGCCCCUCUCUUUAUAUAUAACGAAGUCCACAUGGCGAAAUUCAUAGAAGAUUACGUUGAGCACGCAAUUUGUAUGGAGCUCUGGCCAAACGGGGCGGCAAAGACUAUUUACACGAUGGUCCUCAUGUGCAUUCAGUUUGUGAUCCCGGUUGUCAUUCUUUUGGUAUUACAUUGGAAGAUCUGCCAAUUCCUGCGCAUGCGCAUGAUCACAGAUCCAAAAACGCCAUCUGAGCUGGCUCGAUCGGAAAAGGAAACAAAGCGCGUGCGCAAGAACACAACAGUAUUGGUAGCAAUAGCAAUUGUAUUCGCAAUGUCAUGGUUUCCAUUAACUUUCAUUAACGUCCUUGCUGAUUUCGAUCAUAGGAUUCUGACAAAUAAGCGCUUUAACUUGGUCUAUGCCUGUUGUCAUGUCGUUGCUAUGACUACGUCCACCACGAAUCCUAUUAUCUAUGGAUGGUUGAAUCCCAACUUCCGGCGCGAGUUUUUGCGUGUCGUCUGCUUUUGGUACAAACCCGACGAAAAAGGAACCGAUGGCUACAUGGAGAACGCGGAUACGCCGAAUAGAGUAGAGUACAUGAAAAAGACCACGUAUCAAACCAUGGCGGAGACGAAGCACCUGGUGUCGACAAACUCAACUAAUGACGGAAGUGGAUCAUACAAGCUUGAAGAUGAAGCCGAUGAAGACCCGUAUGAAGAUUAG